UAUACUAGCCCCUCGAAGAUGUCAUCUUUGUUGACCUCCAACCCACGCUAAUAGAGCCUCUCUUGCUUUGCCUUCAAGCAGCACUUGGUUCACCUAUAAACGGUGAGCGUGCCGCGCACGCCCUUUAAGCAGGGCUGCGCAACCGUGCGGCGCUCGAAUGUUUUUUUUUUUUUCUUUUUUUCGCGAACCAGCUAAGAAAAAAUCAAUUCAAAGUCUGCCCCCCUCCCUCCGCACCCCCUUAAUAAGCAAAAGCGGCGAUUCGAAGGGCUUACCGGUGCAUUUCCAACCAUACCAGAGCCAUCCAUUAACUUGGAUACUGAUAGAACACAUUCCCAGGCUCCCCUUACAUCCCUUUAAAGCCCCAUCCCCGGCCCCAGGGCGUCGUUUUUUCCCCAAUUUCCACCCUGACCCACUAGCCAAGUGGCAAGAAAAAAUCGCCGACGCAGUGAAAAUUUGUCCUGCAACCAAAGUGGACACACCCGUACACCCAAUAAUACGCUUAUCUCUUCCUGUGCUCAUCGAACAUCAAUUAACCCUGCCGUUUAGUUCCAUAUUGGUAACUGGGCCCCACUCACAAAUCCACUGUUUUAACAAAGGAAACUGGUCAGCUUUUUUUCGACUGUUUGUUGGUCCGGCGUAAUCCUCCACACUUGUCUACACAAUGGUUGCUACACCGGCAUCUGCAGGGGCGCGUUUCCGACAGCGAAAAAUCUCCACAAAGCAAACGCUCCAGAUCCUUAAACAAUCCCAUGUGCCCGACCUAGAUCUUGAAGAUGU